GCCCAUCAUCAUUGUCAUUAGUCAUAACAUCACACUUGACAACCCAAUUCUGACAUCAGCAACUAAAGUUUCAACCCUUGAAAAAAAAAAAUUCACCCUAGAAAAUCCAAAUUGGUCGCAUCAGGCGUAAAUCCCCGUUGACCUGCCAAACAAAUCACGCAAAUCAUUAAAGCUUCCCUCCGAUCCUUCUUACUUUUACUUUCAUUUUCACUUUUACUUGAUCUGCUCCAAGUUCAAGCAAACCAUGUCGGGUGUUAUAAUAUCAAACUUACCUCCUCCUCUAAGUGGGUCCACUGGCACCACUGCCACUGCUUACACUAUCAAGCUUAACAAUGAAAUUAUUAGUCAUUUGAAAAAUUGCUUACAUAAGGGAAUAACUGCCAAGUUGGUAGUCAAAGGAGGCAACUAUUCGAUUAAGAUUUCGGAAUCUUUGGAAUUCCCAUGCAUGAAGCUGCCAGAGAACUUAAACGUCGAUAUCUAUUCCAUUGCAUCUGCAUCUGCGAACAAGCAUGUCUAUAACGGUAGAAUAGCAGCAAAGCUCAAUGUCAUUACCGAUACACGUAAGAUCAAACAAUAUACCGCCAAUGCCAACCUUGCCGUUUCGUCCCCAAAACCUUUAUCACGCUCCUCACCUUCACCUUCAAUCAUAGUGAGCACUUCCACGCGACCUCAUGCUAAUAUCGACUAUACUGCAUUUAGAACCAGCACAGGUGAUCCUGAUAUUGUCAAGAAGUUUAUUUAUUUGUUAGCAUUGGGUCCGAUUUGCUCCCUGCGAAUAGCGGAAAUUAUGCAUUAUGAAAAUUUGAAGUCGCUACUAGACGAGUAUGCUCAGGUAUACGACCCUCGUGAUUCAUUUAUUGAAGAUGACGUAUUUCCUAGCCAGGACUUAUCGGAUGAUAAAGUCAAACAAGAUCCGCAGUAUAUUCUUAAAGACAAGACUUACAAGGAGUUGAGACCUUGGAAAUGGAAUUACUCUGCAUACGAAAGAGACUUAAUCAUCGGUAAUAUAAAUCAUGCAUUGACGAGAUUGGGAUACUCCCAAACUCAUCCAUUAAGACGCAAACUAUGUGAUCAAGAUGGUGAUAAAGAUGAAAAGCCAACUACACCUUUGAAUGCCGAGAGAAGUAGUGGGCUCGGUGGUGGGAUGUUGAUUUCUAAAAACGCUUUCAAACGCGCAGCUACUGAUUCACCAUUAAUCAGCCAUCUGACACCACCACCACCGCCGCCUCCUCCUGCUCCGGUAAUCAAGACUGAUUCACAAAAGAGAAAAUUAUCAUCACUGAGCACAUCCUCGGAUGAAGAACCUCAAAAGAAACUCAAACUCGAAUUCAGUUCCGCUUCAUCCUCAUCUUCAUCGUCAUCCUCUGAAGAGGAUAGACCUAACCCGGUCCCUCCACCAGCAAAGAAAUUGGACUAUUACACUAACUUAGCCAUUAAGUUUAAAUUCAAAUAUAAGGAGUAUGAGUCAUUAUACCUUCGACUUAAACAAGAAUCCAAAAAAGAUCAGGAAUCCAAGAAGGAGCUUGUGAAAUUGUUUGAAAUGCAUCAAUUAUUAAGUCAAUGGAAGAAAUUACUUUGGGAUUAUGAUCGUGACCAAAAGCAAAAGGUCAAUGUUAUGAAUUUGAAUAAACAUAAAGUAUCAAGGUCAACUUCAAGAACGGAAAGAGCUGACAAUGUUAAGAGAAGCGUCAGUCCUCCUAAACGAAGAAAAGUCCUUGAUUACUAAGACAGUUAAUGUGCUAUUAUUUUUGCAUUUUUAAUAUAUAUAAUGUAUUGUCAUAGGCUGCAACCUCUACUAUACACAAUUUGUAUCUAAUAAUUGAAAAUACUCUUGUAAUACAAACAUCUGCUUUCUAACAAAUCCCAAUCCUUUUGAGUAAUCCACAUUUCAUUAACAACCUUUAAUCUUCCAUAAACACUACCACCUUUCCACGUCAACAUUUCCGGAUCAAAUUCUCGUGGUGGGGGCAAAACAUUCACUGGCAUUAACGUACCUUGCUCGCUCAAACUGUCGAUAUACUCCCAAUCCAAUUUAAACUGUGCUUGAACUUCAAUAUCAUCCAUGACAUCUUGAGGCAAUUCCACAUCAUCCACAGAAGUUUCUUUAUUUUGUUCCUUGUGAAUCUUGGCCUUGGCUUCGUCAAUCAACCCCUGUCUCAUCUCAUUAUUACUCUUAAUUUCUUGAGAUACAUAAGCGAUAAUGGAAUCAAUGGAACUAGUGGAAAGAAUUUUUGGACGCCAGAUAUUUAUCCGAUCAGUUAACAUAAGAUCAUACCCACUUAUCUUUGCCAAUCCACCUCCAACAACCAAGAUAUUAUCAUACAACUUCUUAAGUUUUGACAAGUCAGUGGCCAAUCCGGCAUUGGUGAUUGAUUCAACAAUAGCUUUUUCCAACGGAACAUGGUAGAUGUUAUCUUCCUCCUUGCCAUUCGCAAAAGUAGUGUCCUCAUCCUCAAUUAAUCGCGUUAAAAGGUCAUCUUCAUUCAAAUCACAGAAGUUCAAUUGCGUACGUAAUAAUUCCUGAGAUUUACUCUUGGUGUUAUUAGGCUUGUUAGUGUAUUGGUCUAACGAUGGUUUGAAUAACCUACCCUUGAUUCUUGAAUUUCUAGGUUGGGUCAGAGUAGAUAAACUUGGAAUGGCAGGGGUUUCCUUUUCAAUUUGGAAUAAUUGAGGAAAGAAAAGCGCCAUUGGUGCAAGCAUUACUUCAUCAAAUACCUUAAAAUCAUACUUUUCAGUAGUUUCAUGGGGUUUCCGUUUAUAGAAACUGUAUAAUUGCACGGCAAUAUCGGCAUCUUGAAACGUAGCAAAGUUAUGUUUAAGAUAUUGAGCAAGUUCCCAAUCGUAACUAGUACCCAAAUCAAUAUCCUUAUAAGGGAACGCGUUUUCAAGAAGUAAUUUAAUAAAUGUCUCUGUGAUAUGAUCACCUCCGUAGUUUAACAGGAUGCUUGAAUUAGUAAUAACCAUACCUUCGUCAACACAAUUGAUGGUGGUGGUUUGUGCACCAACAUCGACAACACAAGCUGUUGAAGCACCAGCACCAAAGGUAGCGGCAACAGCUUCUUGAAUUAUACCAACACGACCAAAUCCAACAAAUUUGAAAAGUAAAUGACACCAAGUUUCAACAUAAGAUUUAUCAUAUAAAUCAGGAAUAACCAACAUACACUUGAAAUUUUCAAAUUUUGUGAUUUGUAACUUACUAAUCAAUGUUUCAGUGAUGAUAUUACUUAAAUCACCUAAGAUUUCUUCAGGGGAGUUAUAAUCACGUG